CGGCUUUAAUCUGGUUCACUUCAGUGGACGUGUUCAACGAUACACCUUCUGAGGUCUGUGUCGACUCGAAAGGGCUUUUCUUCGGAGGAACACGGAGAGAUUUAGACGCUCGUCCGCGACUUCGUCUGCGCCUUUUUGUCGGCAUAGAUUCAGGAUGGUGUUUAUAAUGAGACGCUGAAACAACUGACGGCGCGUUUGUCGAGAGCCUUAAAAAAAAUAAAGAGGGUGUUUCCAUAACCGGACUGUCAAACAUAAGAGGAGCGUAGAUGUGAUUCCUUCCCACUACGGGCGGCGUUUAAAACAAAAAAUCCAUCCAAAUGAUGUCCGGAAAGCAUUUCAAGGCUCAUGAAGUGAGCUGCUGCAUCAAGUAUUUCAUCUUCGGAUUCAACAUCAUAUUCUGGUUCCUUGGAGUGGCAUUCCUCGGCAUCGGGCUGUGGGCAUGGAGCGAAAAGGGAGUUCUCUCCAACAUCUCGUCCAUCACUGACCUGGGGGGCUUCGACCCUGUCUGGCUCUUUCUCGUGGUGGGCGGUGUGAUGUUCAUCCUGGGGUUUGCAGGUUGUAUCGGAGCGCUGCGAGAAAACUCUUUCCUCCUCAAGUUUUUUUCCGUGUUCCUGGGUAUCAUCUUCUUUCUGGAGCUGACUGCAGGAGUCCUGGCCUUUGUCUUCAAAGACUGGAUCAAGGACCAGCUCAACUUUUUCAUUAACAACAACAUUCGGGCCUACAGAGAUGACAUUGAUCUGCAGAACCUGAUAGACUUCACCCAGGAAUAUUGGGAGUGUUGUGGAGCUUUUGGAGCUGACGACUGGAAUCUGAACAUCUACUUUAACUGCACUGAUUCGAACCCGAGUCGAGAGAAAUGUGGAGUCCCCUUUUCUUGCUGCACCAAAGAUCCAGCGGAGGAUGUCAUUAACACUCAGUGUGGAUACGACAUCCGAGCAAAAACGGACUCUGAGCAGAGGACCUUCAUCUAUAUCAAAGGAUGCGUCCCGCAGUUUGAAAAGUGGCUUCAAGACAACCUGACAGUGGUGGCGGGCAUCUUUAUUGGAAUUGCAUUAUUGCAGAUUUUUGGCAUCUGUUUAGCACAGAAUCUCGUGAGUGACAUUGAAGCCGUGAGAGAGAGUUGUUUGUUUACCUAAGACCUCCACAGAGUUUUCAAAGGCAAGAAGGAUGUACCAGGACUCUGCAAUUCGGACACCAGCAGCAAAGGGAAAUAAGUUAAUCAGCUAACGUGUCCAGUAUGAAGAGUUUCAUUUAUAUGUAAAUAGUAAAUUUAGAUUAUUUUUAGAGUUAUUUGUGGCCCUUUUUUAAAUGAAGCUCACCCUCUGGGAUACAGAUUAAACAAAUGCAAUGCAAAUUUGUUCCGAACAGCGGUGAGUGUGUGAAGGAAUGGAAGAGGGAAACAUUAUUCGUGCGCAGGACAAAUGAAGGUAGAGUUAACUUUUCUCUGAGGUAGUGCUUCAUUUAGAAAAAUGAAAGGGGCUUUGGUUUUCUAUAUCUCAAAGCUGCAGUUGUUAACAGCUGCAUGUAAGGGUUGUGUACAAAGAUAUAAGUGAUUCUGGAAAUGCACUGCAUGCCUAUUGUCUACUGAUAGGACAUUGGCUCUCCUAACUGUAUUUCAUUAACGUUGCGUAUUUUAAAAAUAUUUGUAAAAUAGUCACUAGUUUAGAGUGAAUCGGCUGGUUAGCACUUUGUUGAAUGUUAAAUGAAUCUACUUAAAGCUACAGAGAAUUAACUUUAGAUUUAUUUACAUCUGUGAGAUGAUCACGCACACACACAGACACACACUUUGAGUUUUGUGGGGCUAUAGUGACUUGUGGAGACGUGAUGGAUGUGGUAGGCUUUGUAAACUUGCAGUUUGAGAGAGUUUUGGCAGUGACAUAAAAAAUAAUGUUAUAUACUGAAAAAACCCUGAAGAUCUCAUCAAAACUCAGCCUUAAGCACUUUAAUCUUUAUAAAGGAGCGAUGACGCUCAUUGCAGCCAUUCAGCUUUCGUCAUGACCGACUGUUAUUUUAGUCAAGCAGCAACCACUGGAGGGGGCACUUUUCUUAAAAAAAACAACAUGCAAACUGCGUCUGCAGUUUUACGGUGCUCCGUAAUUGUCAGAUAUUAUGUCCAAAAAGCAGCUUGACAGGAAAUGUCUUUAAGUACAUUCUGCGUUUGGUGCCAUUUCUUGCACAUUAUCUUGCGGUCAAUUGGUGUUCGUUCAUUCAUUUUUCCUCUGUUUUUUAAUUAUUGCCAAUGUGUUUCUAUGAUGAAAUCUGAACGUGACGAUAAGCCUUUGUUGUUUGAUUUUUGAGUUUCCACUGGAAAAGGGGGAUGCAAGCUUUUUUCAGAACUGCAUGCCGGUACUGCCUGGUGGCACAUAGCUGAACGUAGAAAUGAUUUAUAGCCUACAUGCAUACAGUACUUGAAAGCAGAGCACCCAGGCUCUGCUACCAGCAUUGUUUAUGAUGCAGACAUUGAUUUUAACACUACCACAAAGCGGAUAAUGUACAGUUAGCCUCAGAGUAAAAACAGCCAUUUCACGUGAAGGCAGCAUGAAAUGACAGCAAGUUUCACAGGACUUUUCUGUUGCUGUCAAAUCUUUAGCAGCCUUGAUGAACUGAACAUCCUGAUGAUUAACGGUCUCUUUCUGCUUGUCACUAAUUGUGGAAUCUUAAAGAAUAAAUGUUAAAAAGCAGAGAUGGUAUCAAUUUUUUUUUUUUUUUUUUUUAAAUAACUCCAUAUGAUUGUCAGUGUUUACUAAUCACACUUUCUUACCACUCAGUGCCAUAUUUGUGAUUUCUACAUACUCCGGAUUACAACUAUACUUUUGUUUCUUUUGUGCUCCUGAUUCUUGUAAAUAACUGGAUCGUGACAAGAUGUAAAUAUCUAUCUGAAUAAAUGUGGUUCUUUGUA